AUGAAUUUCAUUAAUCUCUCUCUUGAAAAUACUGGUAAAAUUACUCAUUCAUUAUUUGGAGAUUUUAGUGGGAAUGGGGCUAUUGAACUUCUCCUUGUGAGGUCACAAACAACUAUUGAACUUUAUCGAAUUAAUGAAAAUGAUCAAGUAUCAUUAUUACUUCAAGAGAGUGUAUUUUGUAUGAUUAGAAGUAUAUGUAAAAUAAGGAUUGGAUCUGAAGCUAAAGACUAUAUUCUUAUUGGAUCAGAUAGUGGUUCAAUAACAUUAUUAGGAUAUUCUUUUGAACAAAACAAAUUAAUUCCAAUUUGUAAUGAAAUAUUUGGUAAAAGUGGAAUUCGAAGAGUAGUUCCUGGAGAGUAUAUUUGUUCAGAUCCAAUGGGAAGAGCUGCAAUGAUUGGUGCAAUUGAAAAACAAAAAUUAGUUUAUAUAUUUAAUAGAGAUAAUAAUGGAAAAAUUACUAUUUCUUCUCCAUUAGAAGCACAUAAAAGUAAUACUAUAUGUUAUAAUAUUAUUGCAUUAAAUGUUGGAUAUGAUAAUCCAAUAUUUGCAACAAUAGAAGUUGAUUAUAAUGAACAAUAUUUAUCACAUAUUGAACAUCGUAUUAUUAAGAAAUACGUUGUACUUUAUGAAUUAGAUCUUGGACUUAAUCAUGUUAUUAGAAAAGUUGCAGAACCAAUUGACCCAACAUCAAAUUAUUUAAUUCCUAUUUUAUCAUUAAAUGAAGAGUGUCAUUAUGGUAUUUUUAUUUGUUCAGAAGACAAAAUUACAUGGUUUAAUAUCGGACAUGAUAAAGUGUGUAUUCCAAUUCCUAAAUAUCAUAAUCAAUCGAAUACUCAUUCAACUUUAAUUACAUCUCAUGUGAUGAGGACUCAUAAAGGAAAACAUUUUGUAUUACUUCAAAGUGAAUUUGGAGAUCUUUUUCAGUUAUUAUUUGAUACAAAAGAAAAAGGUCAAUUAGAUAAUAUUCAUAUAAGAUAUUUCGACUCAAUACCAAUUGCACUUUCUCUUCAAUUUUCUAAACGAGGACAUUUAUUAUGUAUUGGAGAGUAUGGAGAUUCAAUAUUAUAUAAUAUUAUUUCAAUGGAAAAUAUAAAUGUUCCAUUAGAAAAAAAUGGUAGAUUAGAAUUUGAACGUCAUGAAGAAAUAUUGAAUUUAGAAGAAUUUUAUAGAUUUAAAUCAUUAGCACCUUUAAUUGAUUUAAAAGUUGCACCUGCAACUUCUUCACAAGACACAACAAAAAUGUAUGCAUUUUGUGGUAAAGGAAAUCAAAGUACAAUUAAAAUAUUAAAAAAUCAAUUAAAUACUCUUGAUGCAGUAGAAAUUGAACUUCCUGCUAUUCCAAUUAGUGUUUGGCCACUUAAAAAAGAAACAGAUGAAUAUCAUCAAUAUUUAGCAAUAAGUUAUUCAAAUAUUACUACAUUAUUAAAAAUUACUGAAGAUGAAAUGAGUGAAUGUAAUACAACUCCAAUUUUAUUAUCAACUCCAAGUUUAUUAGUAUCUAUGUUAUCUGAUGGAACAUUUCUUCAAGUUAUGACUGAUAGAAUUAUUGUUUAUUCUGAACCAAUUCAACAAUUUAUUACUGAAAAUCAAAAAUAUGUUUGUGCAUCUUGUAAUGGUUCGGAAUUAAUUGUUUCUGUUGAAAAAAAUAACCAAACUGCUUUAAUUUAUUUCCAAUAUCAAAGUGGUCAUUUAUUAACAAUGGAAAGAAAAGAAAAUUUAGCAAAAAUUACUGCAUUAGCUCUUGACCAAUUUCAUCCUUCUCAACAUUGUGCUAUUGGUUGUGUUGAUGGUAGUGUUCAUUUAUUAUCUUUAAUUCCAAAUGAAACUACAAAAGCAUUAUCUCGUGUUUCAUUACAAACAUAUGAUUGUUCUGUUAAUUCAUUAACAUUUAAUAUCAUUGAUAAUAAAUCUUAUUUAUUUGCUGGUUUAUCAAAUGGAUUAUUAGGAAGAAGUACUUAUGAUCCUAUUAGUGGUGAAAUUAAUGAAUCUUCUCUAAACUUUGUUGGUUCAAGACCAGUUACUUUAUCAAAUGUUAAAGAUUGUGGAGAAGAUUCAGUAUUAGCUAUUAGUGGAAGAUCAUUAUUAUCAUAUAAAAAUGGAACUAAAAUUAAAACAACACCACUUAAUAUUCAAAAUACAACUCUUGCAUGUGGAAUUUUAGUUCCAUUUGUUGAUAAUGCUAUCGCUAUUAUUUGUGAAAAGGUUAUGAAAAUUAUUACUAUUGAAUCAACUUCUUCAUCUCUUACUGGAAAAAACAUUCAAUUAUCAUACACACCAAGAAAAAUUAUUACUCAUCCAACAAUUCCUUUAUUAUAUAUUCUUGAAGGUGAUAAUAAUUCUUGUAAAGUUGGUAAUGAAAUUAUUCAAACAAAUGAAGGUAAUUGGGUUGGUGGUAUUCAUAUUUUAGAUGCAAGCCAAGAUGAAUUAAUUCAAUUUAUUGAUUUUGAUAAUAAUAAACAUCCAACUGCUGGAUGUGUUGUACGGUCAAUAUCAAAAAAUCAAACGUACUUAAUCGUUGGAGUAAUUGAAUCAUAUAAAACUCGACCAAUUCAAUGGAAAUCAAGUGAAAUUCAAGUAUAUAUAAUUAAUGAACAUUCAAUUAAUUAUUGUUAUUCAACAAAAGUAGAAUAUCCUGUACGUGCUUUUGCAGAGUUUAAAGGAAUGGUAUUAGCUGGAGUUGGAAAUGUAUUAAGGUUAUAUGACAUUGGUCUAAAGUCUCUUCUUAAAAAAGCAGAAAAAAGACAACUUGCUUCUGAUGUUGCACAACUUCAUGUAAUUGGAGAAACAAUUUUAUUAACAGGAAUUUCAGAUGGAUUUAACUUAAUUAGAUACAAUCAAAUUAAUCAUAAAUUUGAUAUUUAUGCUGAUUCAUUACCAAGAUGGGUUGUUACUGCAGCACCAUUAAAUCAAUCAACCGUUCUUGCAUCAGAUAAAUUUGGAGAAAUUUUUAUGUAUCAACUACCAAAAGAAAUUGAAGAAAAAGCAUUAAGUCCAUUUUCUACUUUACUUCAACCACAUAAAACAAUAUACGAAGGAUCAAAUUAUAAAAUGGUUACAGCUACUCAAUUCUUUAUUGGAGAUAUAGCAACUUCUUUUGCUCAAUGUUCAUUAAUACCAGGAGCUCCAAGUAUUUUUCUUUAUAGUAAUUUUAUGGGUGGAUUAUCUGCAUUAAUUCCAUUACAAAAUCAGAAUGAUAUUGAUUUUUAUCAACACCUUGAAAUGCAUAUGAGAGUUCACUGGACAAAUUUGACUGAUAGAAAUCAUAUCUCUUUUAGAAGUUCAAUGGUUCCUGUAAAAGAUACAGUAGAUGGUGAUUUAUGUGAAUUAUAUGAACGUCUUCCUUAUGAAAUUCAACAAGAAAUAGCAGAAGAAAUGGAAAAAGAAGUUAAUGAAAUUAUAAAGAAAUUACAUGAUUUGCGACAUUCUCGUUUAUUCUAA